AUGCGCUCAAAUGACGUAUUUCUCGUAUGUGAGAAAAAAAAGAAACAGAAGAGAAAGAGACAAAACGCGAAACUUGCACUACUACGUACCGUGUCGCCCUCCGUGCUCAUCGCUUUACAAAGAACCGUCCUGUACCCCCCGUUCUUCAUAGACAACUGGUGCAGUUCGAUGAUGGCUAUUGAACGGUACAUGGGGUUGAGCACACCGGGGAGGAGGAGUCCCGGUCGGGAGGCAUACUUCAGCGACUCCGAGAUGCCGCACGGUUCCGGUCACGGGUCUGUUGUGGACGGUAUCAUACAUGAUAGAUCGCAACAAAAUGGGAUGAACAGUCGAUCGUCGCCUCUUAAACCGGGUACACAGCGCAAAGAGAGGCGUGAUGAAUUGAGUAGGCAGCGAAGGCUGACUAAACGCGAGGAGAAGAUGAUGGAGAAGAGGGGCGGGUUGGACAAAAUGGAGGAUUUCAUAAUGAGAAGCGAAAGGGAGAAAGAGCUGGAGGAGUUGGAGAGGGAGGCUGUGGGUUGUGCUCUUUCUGAUCAGAUGAUUGAGGCUCUGGAGGAGGAACAGAGGAUGAUGUUGGAGGACGAGGAGUUGAUCAAGUUCGUUACAAACAAAGAGGUCUACGAAAUGGAAUUGGAGAACUUACUAUCUGAACUGUCUAUGGAGUAA